AUGUCAUUUCUUACCGACUUUCAGCGCUCUGCGGUUCAGAGCGCACAGGUCCUCCUUGAAAAUGCUGGCUUGUCUCCACGAGACUUGGAUUCGUUCUCGCUGUCAUCAUCACCGCCGCCGUCAUCUCCAGCUCCUAGUACUCUACCUGAACUCUGUCCUGCCUCUCCAUCUGCUCGUAAUACCUGUCUAGCUGUUGCAGGCGCCCGUUAUAUCCCACCUGCUGCACAACUUUUCACUGCAGAAGAUCGUACCCAGGGACGACAUCGUGUCACACGCAAAACUUCUGCACAUGCCAUCGUCGAGCAUCCGAUUGGUGCCAUAGUCGAGUACCCACAGACUGGGCACCGUGCAGAUGAAUCUGUUGCCCAUGUCUUUCAUGUAGAUCCCUCUUCAUUCACUUCUUCUCCGCAUCCCAAGUCGAGCUUCCAGUAUUCCUUGGGUGAUGGGCAUGGUGGCCGAACCAUUGGACAAUGCCUAAUGCUCCGUGAUGCUGAAGGGCGACCACUUUCAUGCACAAAGCUCAAAACAUCGUGCAAGGGCCUUAAAAUUUGUUCAGGGCGUCAGCACAAUAUCUCAGCACACCACCUUACGAACAUUUCAGAGGUUUUGGCUCAUCAUCUGCCUGCAUCACAGCUACGGGAUCCUGCUAGCGCUGCUGACCAAGAGCUUUUUGAGAAAACUCUUGCUUUUUUUGUCGCUCUGUGUCUUCGUGGCUGCUCACCCAGUCAUGCCGAUGGACACGACAAUGACACAAAUUUAGCGGGAGAUGACACUGCUGAUACUGUUGAUGAUUUCGAAGGUCUGACAGCCGAUCACCGUCAACUCGUCAAAACCCGCUGCAAUGGAAAACUCAUCAUGCACUUCGAUGCAUAUAAUCAGCCGUUCAUUCGAUGCAGCCUGUAUUCUCGCACCUCACGCUCGCACUUAUUCAUACGAAAUUUGCAGGAGAGCGAUACUCGCUACCUGCAGGCAUUACUCAAUGACGACCGCUGCAUCAUUGCCGAGUGUGAGCAACUUGCGAAGUCGCGGGGAUAUGGUCCCCUGAUGCCAUGCAGUUUUGUUACCAGUCCUUCAUCACAAAAGCAAGUGUGCCCACACUGGCAUCGCCACGCUGACGGCAAAUUGAAGCAGGGCGCUCUACGAAAAUGGGCACACAACUGCACAGCAUCAUUCGACAUAUAUGUUCCCGAUGAUCUUGUCGCCUGCCCUCGAAUUUUGGUCCUUUGCACCAACCCCCAUUCGCAUCCCCCUCCCGUACCUGUCAAAACUCCGCCUCCCCUAGUUGACGUGUUUCAUGGGUUGGUCUCCCUCUUAAAGUGGAAACUGGCGGAUGCAACACCACGACGAAUAUACUUGGACACGGCCUUUGUUGAAGGUCUUCACCAAGUGCUUGACUGGCAGUUUCCUGAUGGCCGUGAUGCAACGCUUCAAGAUCUUCAUCCGUCCCUCGCUAAUCUCGACCAUGUACGACGUCUUAUUAACACAAUGAGGUCUACGCAGUACCCAAGUGGAACAGGAUUUGAGGGUGCACGCCGUCUUGCAAAUGAACACGCGUUGUUGCCUCUGGAGCAGCGCUAUGUCCGCUGCGCAGAGACACAUGUCAUCGAGCGUGGUGUCGAACUCAAGCUGGUCGUGUGUAUGACAUCACGGAUGUCAUCACAUCUUGUGCAAGCCAAGCGCCUGUCUAUUGACACGUCGUUCAAACGAGCACAAGGAUGGCAGGAGUUCGAGGUUGAAUCAUGGGAUAGCAAACAUUGCCGGUCUGUUGUCAGUGCUCGUGCCUUCACCACGUCACAGAGUGCCAAGGCACACUUAAUUCUCUUUCAGCGCAUCUUUGACAUUGCGUCUGCAGACACGGGCCUCUCUUUUUCAUUCUGCCACAUCCAUGGCUCUGGGUGUGAAAUUGUCGUCGCCGACAGCCAUAAAGGUCAAGGACUUGGUUUGGGAAUGUACUGUGUGGAGCUUUCACGUUCCAUCUCAACACCAUGUGCAUAUGAACCUCAUCGACGUAUCUGCGAUUUGAGCCCGUACGAUCAUCUUCGCCGCUUUUACCGGCUAUGUGUGGCUCAUUUUAAGAGGAACGUUCAUGCUCUUCGCACGCAUGUCUCAGACGAGGUUUACUCGGCGAUGCUUAGUUUGGCGACAUCUGAGGAACACCCGGACAUCCAGAGAACAUUGAGUAUUAUUCGCCGUGGUGGACCAAAGGCUGCGGCAUGGUUGAAAGACAAACUCGAAGGGACGAAAUUUGCACUUCCGGCACUCUAUCAACCUAUGAGCUUAAUUCCUCUCACGACAUGGAAAGCAUCACCUUCUACGACUAACGGGAACGAGCAGGCUCAUCGUAAUGCAUACCGCGAAGGUGUACACUUGACUCUGUUAGCUGGAAUCAUGAAGGGCAUGAAGUUCGAUCAAGCAGCGACGAGUAGCAUGGAUGUCCAUGCUGCAUUUGGAGUCUCAACACGAGACCAGGAGGUGACUCAAGUUUAUCGUGCGACAAGGUGUAUUGUGCGACAAGGUAUGAGUUUAUCGUGA